AUGGAUUAUGAUUUCAAGGCGAAGCUGGCGGCGGAGCGGGAGCGGGUGGAGGAUUUGUUUGAGUACGAAGGGUGCAAAGUGGGACGCGGCACCUACGGGCACGUCUACAAGGCGAGGCGAAAAGAUGGAAAAGAUGAAAAAGAAUAUGCAUUGAAGCAAAUUGAAGGCACAGGAAUAUCUAUGUCGGCUUGUAGAGAGAUUGCACUUUUGCGAGAGUUGAAGCACCCUAACGUGAUCGCCCUGCAGAAGGUGUUCCUUUCUCACAGUGACAGGAAGGUGUGGCUGCUGUUUGAUUAUGCAGAACAUGAUUUAUGGCAUAUUAUUAAGUUUCACCGUGCAUCAAAAGCAAAUAAAAAGCCCAUGCAGUUGCCAAGAUCUAUGGUUAAAUCAUUACUUUACCAGAUUCUUGAUGGGAUCCAUUACCUCCAUGCAAAUUGGGUGCUUCACAGAGAUCUGAAACCAGCAAAUAUCCUAGUAAUGGGAGAAGGUCCUGAGAGGGGGAGAGUCAAAAUAGCUGACAUGGGUUUUGCCAGAUUGUUCAAUUCUCCUCUAAAGCCACUGGCAGAUUUGGAUCCUGUAGUGGUGACUUUCUGGUAUCGGGCUCCAGAACUUUUGCUUGGUGCAAGGCAUUAUACAAAGGCCAUUGAUAUAUGGGCAAUAGGUUGCAUAUUUGCUGAACUGUUGACUUCAGAACCUAUUUUUCACUGUCGUCAGGAAGAUAUAAAAACAAGCAAUCCUUUUCAUCAUGAUCAACUAGACCGAAUAUUUAGUGUCAUGGGAUUUCCUGCAGAUAAAGACUGGGAAGAUAUUAGAAAGAUGCCAGAAUACCCAACACUUCAGAAAGACUUUAGAAGAACAACGUAUGCCAACAGUAGCCUCAUAAAGUACAUGGAGAAACACAAGGUCAAGCCUGACAGCAAAGUAUUCCUUUUGCUUCAGAAACUCCUUACGAUGGAUCCAACCAAGAGAAUUACCUCUGAGCAGGCUCUGCAGGAUCCCUAUUUUCAGGAGGACCCCUUGCCGACAUUAGAUGUGUUUGCUGGCUGCCAGAUUCCAUACCCCAAACGAGAAUUCCUUAAUGAAGAUGAACCUGAAGAGAAAGGUGACAAGCAGAACAGCACCCAGGCCAACGGGACUGCCGGCGGCGCGGGCGCCGGGCCGCAGCACAGCCAGGACUCCGGCCUCAGCCAGGCGCCUCCCAAGAAACCGCGGCUGGGGCCUUCAGGCGCCAACUCGGGCGGGCCUGCCAUGCCCUCGGACUAUCAGCACUCCAGCUCGCGCCUGAAUUACCAAAGCAGCGUCCAGGGAUCCUCUCAGUCCCAGAGCACACUAGGCUACUCCUCCUCGUCUCAGCAGAGCGCACAGUACCACCCGUCUCACCAGGCCCACCGCUACUGA